UAGAGCAAGGUUCUCCGACUGAAGCUGAGAGGAAAAGAACAGCAAUGGAGGCAGAUAGUUUGUGUAGAAGCAACUGAGCUCCAGUAAUGGCAGGCCUCACCUGAAGCAUAAACAGCCAUCAGCCCUUUCUUCAGCUGCGGUGUCAGCAUCCCUGUAAAUCUUCGGUUUGAACGCAGCGUGGACACCUUUCAGGGACAAUGUACUGUCUUCAGUGGUUGCUUCCGGUUCUCCUCAUCCCCAAACCUUUGAACCCAGCCUUGUGGUUCAACCACUCGAUGUUCAUGGGGUUCUACCUACUCAGCUUUCUCCUGGAAAGGAAGCCAUGUACCAUUUGUGCCUUGGUGUUCUUGGCAGCCUUGUUCCUCAUCUGCUAUAGUUGCUGGGGGAACUGCUUCCUGUAUCACUGCCACGGUUCUCCGCUGCCGGACUCUGCACAUGACCCCAGCAUCGUGGGUACCUAAAUUAGCCCGUCUUUUGGGCCUCCCUCACGCUUCAGCACCUUGCCACCAGACUACAGCUGCACGGGCCCUGGACAGUCUGUCUAGGUUGUGAAUAACAUCCAAAACUUUUCAGUGCUGAAAAAAAAAAAAAAUCUUUCAUACCUGAACUGUAUCCUGCCUGUGAUCGCACAGGUUAAGUAUUGGGCUUUCCCAGGGUUAUUGCAUGGGUUGGCUACAGUCUCCUCUUCCUUAUUUUGCUGAUGUAAUCAUUCACACAUAGAUGCAUAUGGUUUCUUUUGUAAUAAAGGUUACUGUUUAUCAGAAGGUUGGAAACUGGUACAUGUGUGUAUUGCUUGGAUUUGACUUGAGAAAUGGAAGACGAUUGCAAUCAUUGUCAAUUGUAACAUGAUAGCAUAAAUUAUGAGCAGCAGUGCCCUUAUGUGGUUCUGUGGAAGUCAGACUUUUGGGUAGCAGAAUAUUUAAUUAAAAUCAUGUUCUAUUAACAUGGAAAAAAUGCUGCUGUCUGUUCCAAAAAUAAUUGGAUUCCUGUUUUCAUUCUAUAGACAUUAAGGAACAUAAAUUGCAUUUAUGUUAGUUUCAUUCUAAGCUUCAUGUGUUUUGUAAGUUUCCAUUUAUAACUACAGUAGAUCUUGCUUUUUAGUCAUAUUGAUUUGUUGCAGAGCAAAUUCUGGCACUACUGUGAAGGAGGACAGAACAUGUUAACUUAAUGGGAAGUGGACUCUGUGUAGAGAUUAAGACUGUUGGCAGUGACUUCAUAGGUUUUACAAUUCUUUUUCAUAUCAGUAAACCUUCAGUGCUCCAAAAGUUUCAGAUAUGAGCUAUAAAAAUUCUGGAAAUUGGACCUCAUAAUAUCCAUUUGAAUAUAUGGGUUUGAGUGUAGUUUAAACCUGUUUGUCUUAGAGAACUGAUGACUAAGGUUAGAAAUCAAUGUUCACUUUUGCCUCUGACUAUCCACUGAACCACAUAUGCAGCACUUCAUUCACAAAUUUUUUUUUUUUGUUUGCUUUUAAAGAUGCAUUUGACAAUGAACCCAAAUUCACGUAUGAAUUAUGUGUUCGUGUGUUCUUAUACUAUUGCCAUAGCUAUUGUUGUUUGCCAUUAAAACGGAGUAGAGUAUGUGUUGCUGGUGUGAAAAUGUGUGGGCCCAUAUUUAAUCCUGUUUUAUUCUGUGAUUUUUUUUUUUCACUCCGGUUAUUUCAUUAGUGUUUCAUUCAGAACCAAUUAAAUCCUUCUCGAGGAACCUGUAUAUCUGCUCAUGUUUGUGUUUAAGUUUUGCGUCCACAAUGUACUUUGAAAGUCUCCCACACUAUAAUUAUUUGUCUCAGUCCACACACCUCUAAAAAGGUUACCUCAAUAAGAUAUUCACUCUAAGUUGUUAUGCAAGGUCAUGUCUUUGCAGAUUAGAAAAAAAUUAAAAUCUUUUUACCUGUUGAAGCUUUUCUCAUGCUGGCCCUGCAUAUUUGUGCAGACCCAGAUGCUUGUAUAGGAAGGGUGUGCAGUAAUUGAAAUUUCCUACUUUAUGACAAACCACUCUAUGUAUCAUUAACAAGUUUCAGUAAAUUGUCAUUUUGUGGAUUGCCAUUAUUUCAGUUCAUUUUCUUGUAUUUCCUUUUUUUCAUGUUUGUCGUUUAUUAUCAGUAUUGGGCUUGGUUCCUGGACAGUGUUUAGUGCUGUGUUUCACUUUACUGUGAUUCUCAGAUUUCAGUCCACUUGCAUGAGUGUCCACCUGGGGCCAGUGAGGUAAUGUAUCUGCUAAACUACUGAGCAGACAGACUUGCUCUUGCUGUAAAAGCAGUGAUGUCAGGAAUGACAGGCAGGCCAACCCAACAACACAACAACGGGAUGGAGUUCCGUUUGCUGUAGUAGCACACCAAACUAGUGAAAAGCACUAAACGUGACAGUGGCUGAAAAGUGUGAGAACUGUACACACUUUACCUUGACCGUGUUCUGUGUUGCUUAGUCUUUACUUUUUUUGACCCCCUUUUGAUUUGUGUAUAUUUUCAGAACAGCGCUAGAUAUUUAUGGUGUCCCUUUCGGCAAAGCCGUUUACAACUGCAUCAAAAUAUUGUUUGUCCAUUUCUUCCAUAUGCUGGUACAAUAAAUGGCUACAAAUUAA